CUCGCAAUCUCGAGGGAGGUGUCUCUUGGAGAAAAAAAAAUUCUCGAGAAAGUGGAAGAAGAUGAUGUACAAAUCGCCGUUAACGUUGAUCACGCUUUUCUCUAUAUCUUUCGCGUUCUUCGAUCUGGGCAGUGCCCUUUAUGGGCCUUCGUCUCCUGUGGUUCAGCUCACUCCUUCGAACUUCAAGUCCAAGGUUGUUAAUUCAAACGGAGUUGUUUUAGUUGAGUUCUUUGCACCAUGGUGUGGUCACUGUCAAGCCCUAACACCGACAUGGGAGAAGGUGGCUAAUAUCUUGAAAGGUGUUGCCACUGUUGCUGCCAUUGACGCUGACGCUCACAAGUCUAUUGCUCAGGAGUACGGUAUUAAGGGUUUCCCGACCAUUAAGGUCUUUGUGCCCGGAAAGGCUCCAAUUGAUUACCAAGGAGCAAGGGAUGCCAAACCCAUUGCCGAGUUUGCUCUCCAGCAGAUAAAGGCUCUUUUGAAGGAUCGUUUGCAUGGGAAAGCAAAUGGAGGAGGAUCCAGUGAGAAGAAAUCUGAGCCCAGUGCCUCUGUCGAAUUGAACUCUAGCAACUUUGAUGAGUUGGUUAUUAAAAGCAAAGAACUUUGGAUUGUGGAGUUCUUUGCACCUUGGUGUGGACACUGCAAAAAGCUUGCUCCUGAGUGGAAAAAAGCUGCAAAGAACUUGAAGGGGAAGGUGAACCUGGGCCAUGUAAAUUGUGAUGCCGAUCAGUCUCUAAUGAGCAGAUUCAAAGUACAAGGAUUCCCCACGAUAUUGGUUUUCGGUGCAGACAAAAGCAGCCAUAUUCUGUACGAGGGUGCUAGAACUGCAUCUGCCAUAGAAUCCUUUGGUUUGGAAAUGCUCGAAGCCAAUGCUGGCCCUGCUGAAGCUACUGAACUCACUGGCCCGGAUGCAAUGGAAGAGAAGUGUGGUUCAGCUGCUAUAUGCUUUGUUUCUUUCUUGCCUGAUAUUCUUGAUUCCAAGGCUGAAGGAAGGAACAAGUACCUCGAUAUGUUGUUAACCGUUGCUGACAAGUUCAAGAGGAGCCCUUACAGUUUUGUGUGGGUGGCUGCCGGAAAGCAGACAGAUCUGGAGACAAAGGUUGGUGUUGGAGGGUACGGUUAUCCGGCUAUGGUGGCCUUGAACUCGAAGAAAGGAGCUUACGCUCCGCUUAAAAGUGCGUUUGAGGUCGAACCCAUCAUGGAAUUCGUGAAGGAGGCUGGUCGCGGAGGAAAAGGGAACUUACCGAUAGACGGAGCGCCGGAGAUAGUGAAGACGGAACCUUGGGAUGGUAAGGAUGGAGAGAUACUCGAAGAAGAUGAAUUCUCUCUUGAAGAACUCAUGGGAGAGUUGUGACCGUUAAGUAUAACAUUUGUCUGAAAAAAAACAACAUAGAAAAGGCAAAGUCCGUUGAUCCUUUUAGCAUCUUAUGAACUAUGACUAUGAGUGAGUCGACCAGUUUUUUCUUUUUUCUUUUUUCUUUCUGGAGAGUUGCUUUGAUGUUUUACAUGUAACCUGUUGAUGUUCGAACCUUCUCUGCAGCCAAAAAAGAAAGUAUAUCGUUUUUGUGUCCGAAAUUCGAUUCA